AUUAUCAUUUGGAAUUAGGGUUUUAGAGCUGCCGUGUUCCGCCGGAUCAUCACCGUUGCCACCUCAAGCAAAGAUGCCGUCGCACAAGACGUUCAUAAUCAAGAAGAAGCUUGGGAAGAAGAUGAGGCAAAACAGGCCUAUCCCUGGCUGGAUCCGUCUCCGUACCGAUAACAAGAUCAGGUACAACGCUAAGCGUAGGCAUUGGCGCCGUACCAAGCUCGGGUUCUAGAUCAUCCGACGAGCUGUGCCAUGACUCUGAUUCGUUCGAUUUUUGCUAUUUUAUUUUCGGAAUUGUGGUUAAAGUUUUAGUUUUUAUCUUGUGGAUGUUAAAUCUUAAAAGACUUGCGUAUUGCAUGAAUAAUAUAUAUGAGUAUCUAAAGUUUACACCCUUUC